CCACAACAACAGCAACAUCAUCUAAAACAGGUACCCUCUCAACAACACCAACUACAUCAACAACAACAGAUGCACCCUCAACCACAAUGCAAGCAACGUCAACUACAACAGUUUCCCCCUCAACUACAACACCAACAACAUCAACGGUUGCCCCCUCUACCACAACACAGGCAACAUCAACUACAACAGUUGUCCCAUCAACAACACCAGCAACUUCAACUACAACAGUUGCCCCCUCAUCCACAACACCAGCAACAUCAACUACAACAGUUGUUCCAUCAACAACACCAGCAACUACAUCAACAACAACAACAGUUGCAACCUCAACCACAACACCGGCAACAUCAACUACAACAGUUGUCCCAUCAACAACACCAACAUCAGCUACCACAACAGUUGCCCCCUCAACAACACCAGCAACUGAAACUAGGAAAACAGUUGCACCCUCAACUACAACACCAGCAACUUCAACUACGAUAACAGUUUCCCCCUCAACCACAACACCAACAUCAGCUACCACAACAGUUGCCACCUCAACCACAACACCAGCAACUUCAACUACAACAGUUGCCCCCUCAUCCACAACACCAGCAACAUCAACUACAACAGUUGUUCCAUCAACAACACCAGCAACUACAUCAACAACAACAACAGUUGCCCCCUCAACCACAACACCUGCAAUAUCAUCUACCACAACAGAUGCUCCAUUGGCAACAAUACCAGCAACAUCAACUACAACAGUAUUCCCCUCAACCACAACACCAGCAACAUCAGCUACAACAACAAAUGCCCCCUCAACCACAUCACCAACACCUUCAACUACAACAACAGUUACAGCCUCAACCACUUCACCAACAACUUCAACUACAACAACAGUUGCCCCCUCAACCACAACUACAACACCAGCAACUUCAACUACAAUAACAGUUGCCCCCUCAUCCACAACACCAACAUCAGCUACCACAACAGUUGCAACCUCAACCACAACACCGGCAACAUCAACUACAACAGUUGUCCCAUCAACAACACCAACAUCAGCUACCACAACAGUUGCCCCCUCAACAACACCAGCAACUGAAACUAGGAAAACAGUUGCACCCUCAACUACAACACCAGCAACUUCAACUACGAUAACAGUUGCCACCUCAACCACAACACCAGCGAUAUCAACUACAACAGUUGCCCCCUCAACCACAACACCAGCAUCAGCUACCACAACAGUUGCCCCCUCAUCCACAACACCAGCAACAUCAACUACAACAUUUGCACCCUCAACCACAACACCAGCAACAUCAACUACAACAGUUGUCCGGACAACAACACCAGCAACAUCAACUCCAACAACAGUUGCCCCCUCAUCCACAACACCAGCAACAUCAAGUACAACAGUUGCCCCCUCAAUCACAACACCAGCUACAUCAACUACCACAACAGUUGCCCCCUCAACAACACCAACUACAUCAUCAACAACAUUUGCCCCCUCAACCAUAACACCAGACACAUCAACUACAACAACAAAUGCCCCCUCAACCACAACAACAGCAACAUCAACUAAAACAGGUACCCUCUCAACAACACCAACUACAUCAACAACAACAGAUGCACCCUCAACCACAAUGCAAGCAACGUCAACUACAACAGUUGCCCCAUCAACUACAACACCAACAACAUCAACGGUUGCCCCCUCUACCACAACACAGGCAACAUCAACUACAACAGUUGUCCCAUCAACAACACCAGCAACUUCAACUACAACAGUUGCCCCCUCAUCCACAACACCAGCAACAUCAACUACAACAGUUGUUCCAUCAACAACACCAGCAACUACAUCAACAACAACAACAGUUGCAACCUCAACCACAACACCGGCAACAUCAACUACAACAGUUGUCCCAUCAACAACACCAACAUCAGCUACCACAACAGUUGCCCCCUCAACAACACCAACAACUGAAACUAGGAAAACAGUUGCACCCUCAACUACAACACCAGCAACUUCAACUACGAUAACAGUUUCCCCCUCAACCACAACACCAACAUCAGUUACCACAACAGUUGCCACCUCAACUUCAACUACAACAGUUGCCCCCUCAUCCACAACACCAGCAACAUCAACUACAACAGUUGUUCCAUCAACAACACCAGCAACUACAUCAACAACAACAACAGUUGCCCCCUCAACCACAACACCUGCAAUAUCAUCUACCACAACAGAUGCUCCAUUGGCAACAAUACCAGCAACAUCAACUACAACAGUAUUCCCCUCAACCACAACACCAGCAACAUCAGCUACAACAACAAAUGCCCCCUCAACCACAUCACCAACACCUUCAACUACAACAACAGUUACAGCCUCAACCACUUCACCAACACCUUCAACUACAACAACAGUUACAGCCUCAACCACUUCACCAACAACUUCAACUACAACAACAGUUGCCCCCUCAACCACA